CCGGAUUCUUGAUUUUCCGGCGAAGUUUAAGAACUUGCUUUGCUUGAUUCUUCCACUUCCAAUCGACUUUUCCAAGUCUCGAACUUCACGGUGACGGUGAGGAAAGAGGGGAAAUUUAGCUGCUAAAGAAGAUGAUGGCUACGCCGGCGACGCCGUUAUCUAAGAUACAGAGGACCCUUGCAUCCACUCCGGGAGGAACAAAGUUUCGUGAGGAAAAGAUAUUGGUAACAGUCCGUGUCAGGCCAUUGAGCAGGAGAGAACAAGCUCUGUAUGAUCUUAUUGCCUGGGAUUGCGUAGAUGACCACACCAUUGUCUACAAGAAUCCCUCUCAUGAGCGCCCUGCCACACAGCAUACUUUUGAUAGGGUUUUUGAUCCUGCAUCCUCAACUCAAAAGGUUUAUGAAGAAGGGGCUCGAGAUGUUGCCUUAUCUGCCGUUACAGGAAUUAAUGCCACGAUUUUUGCAUAUGGGCAGACAAGCAGUGGUAAGACAUUUACCAUGAGAGGAAUCACUGAAAAUGCUAUUAAGGAUAUCUAUGAGCACAUCAAGAAUACAUGGGAGAGAGAUUUUGUCUUGAAGCUCUCUGCUCUGGAGAUUUACAAUGAGACAGUAGUAGACCUUUUGAAUCGGGAAUCUGGUUGCCUACGACUUUUGGAUGAUCCUGAGAAAGGCACCAUUGUUGAAAAACUCAUUGAAGAAGUUGUGAAGGAUAGCGAACAUUUGAGACAUCUUAUUGGCAUUUGUGAAGCUCAAAGGCAAGUGGGAGAAACUGCUUUGAACGAUAAAAGCUCAAGAUCACAUCAGAUUAUCAGGCUGACCAUAGAGAGUAGUCUUCGGGAAAAUGCAGAGUGUGUAAAAUCCUUUGUAGCAAGUUUGAAUCUUGUUGACCUUGCUGGAAGUGAACGUGCCUCCCAAACAAAUGCAGAUGGCACAAGAUUGAAGGAAGGGAGUCACAUUAAUCGCAGUUUGUUGACACUCACAACAGUUAUCAGAAAACUGAGUAUUGGAAAAAAGGGUGGUCAUAUACCAUACAGAGAUUCAAAACUCACUCGGAUAUUACAAAACUCACUUGGGGGAAAUGCUCGAACGGCAAUCAUUUGUACCAUGAGUCCAGCUUUAAGUCAUGUGGAGCAAACCAGGAAUACACUUUCAUUUGCAACUAGUGCAAAAGAAGUUACCAACAAUGCCCGUGUAAACAUGGUUAUUUCUGAUAAGAGGCUAGUAAAGCAUCUGCAGAAGGAGGUAGCCAGGCUUGAGGCAGAGCUACGAAGUCCAGAACCCUCUUCCUCUGUAGGCCUAAAGUCUUUAUUAAUGGAGAAGGAAUUGAAAAUCCAGCAGAUGGAGAGGGAAAUGGAAGAGUUGAAGCGUCAAAGAGACCUUGCACAAUCUCAGCUUGAGCAAGAAAGAAGAGCACAUAAAGUGCAGAAGGGAUCAAACCAGUGUGGACCCUCCGGUAAAACAGUCAGGUGUCUGGCUUUUCCUGACGAGAACAAGCCAGUUUCAGGUGCCCCAGAAUCUCGGCAAAGAAAAACAGUUGGAAGACACGCAACAGUAAGGCAAUCAGCAACAUCGACAGAUCCAUCCAUGCUUGUUCAUGAAAUCCGAAAGCUUGAGCAGCGACAGAGGCAGCUUGGUGAGGAGGCAAAUAGAGCACUUGAAGUACUGCAAAAGGAAGUAGCUUCCCACAAAUUAGGGAACCAAGAAGCUGUUGAAACCAUAGCGAAUAUGCUAUCUGAAAUUAAGGAUAUGCAAGCAGUUAGCUCAAUUCAAGAAGAAAUUGUGAUGGGAGAUAAGACCAACUUGAAAGAAGAGAUCAGUCGAUUAAAUUCUCAGGGAAGCACUAUUGCUUCUCUAGAAAGGAAGCUCGAGAAUGUUCAGAAAUCUAUAGACAUGUUGGUUUCUUCCCUUUCAAAUGGUGAAGAGAAACCAGAGUUUAGAACCCAAAUGAAGAAGAAGAAAAUUCUUCCUUUCACAUUGAGCAACAAUGCUAACAUGCAAAACAUAAUAAGGUCUCCAUGCUCACCUCUAUCUACUUCUCGGAAGGUAAUGGAAUAUGAGACCGAGAACAAGGCCCCUGAGGAUAAAGAUCUCGUCUCACAAGGCAGUAGAACCCCUGGGUCAAUAAAAUCAACUCCACCAAAAAUUGAUAGUAAUAGUGCCUCGUCAAGAGAGGGAACUCCUGCUAAACGGCAAACUAACUCAGUUGAUGUGAAGAAGAUGCAAAGGAUGUUCAAGAAUGCAGCAGAGGAGAACAUACGUAGUAUUAGAGCGUAUGUCACAGAGUUAAAAGAAAGGGUGGCUAAACUACAAUAUCAAAAGCAACUUUUGGUUUGUCAGGUAUUGGAGAUGGAGGCAAAUGAGACUUCAGCUGAUGAGACUGAUGGCAGCAUUCAAUCUCCAAUGCCCUGGCACCUAAAGUUUGAGGAUCAACGAAAGCAAAUUAUCAUGUUAUGGCAUCUCUGCCAUGUUUCCAUCAUACACCGCACACAGUUCUAUUUGUUAUUUAGAGGAGACCCAGCUGAUGAGAUCUAUAUGGAAGUUGAGCUUAGAAGGUUAACAUGGUUGGAACAACACUUUGCAGAGCUUGGGAAUGCAAGCCCUGCACUCUUAGGAGAUGAACCUGCUGGUUCUGUGGCAUCAAGCAUCAAAGCCCUAAGACAAGAAAGAGAGUUCCUGGCUAAGAGGGUGAGUGCAAAAUUGACAGCAGAGGAAAGAGAGAUGCUUUAUUUGAAGUGGGAAGUUCCGCCCGUAGGAAAACAGAGGAGAUUGCAACUGGUCAACAAAUUUUGGACAGACCCUCUGAACAUGCAAAAUGUUGAAGAAAGCGCUAAAAUUGUGGCUAAGCUUGUCGGGUUUUGCGAAUCCGGUGAGCAUGUUAGCAAGGAGAUGUUUGAGCUAAAUUUUGCCAACCCUUCUGAUAAGAAGUCUUGGAUGGGAUGGAAUUUGAUAUCAAAUCUCUUGCAUCUGUAAACAAAUAGUCAACUUCUGGUACUUCAUUUCGAUUCUUUGUCAUUGUUCCUUGUAAAUUACUUCUCAACGUAUGAAAAAUUAAUAACAGUUGUAGUUCUGA